GGUUUUGUUUAGUAUUGAUUUCUUCUACCUUUUGGAUCAUUCACUUUAACCCAGUUAUCUGCUUUUGCAGAAAGCUGAUUUGAUGUCACUUUAUUUAUUGUCUAAAAAAACAAGACCAUAUAUUACAGGACCAAGACAUCUCAACUGAUUCUAAGCCUUUCUAACAUCAAGUGUCAUAUCUUUGUUGUUGAUUAGUUAUCUCUGCUAAUGAAUCUCUCUCCCUUUUCCCAGUCAGAUGCUCCUCCUGCCUACUACUCUGUCACAGGGUCAACGGAGCGACCCCCUCCUUACUCCCCCACGGAUGGGGCCCCAGUCUGGCAUCCACCCCCAACCCUACCGCAGUACGGCCCUCGACCUGUGGUGACCCCUGUCAUUGUCACUCGCGUAGACCCGCCCCCCAGGAAGUUACCCAGCAGGAGUCGCGCUUGUUCCUAUGGCAGCUCAGGGGGCAUUGCGCUCGCCCUUGGUCUGGUGGCCGUCGCCAUCUGGCUGGGAAUGCGGUAUGGCUCAGAUUUGCUGGCGAACCGUCCCAGAGAGUCGCCCCCAGACACCUGCCCCGCGUCCCCCGUGCUCUGUGAUGACCACAACGACUGCUCACGCGGCAGCGAUGAGUCUGUCUGUGUGCGCUUCGGGCCAGACAACCAGCUGCAGGUCAAGACCUCCAUAACGGGACGCUUCCUUCCUGUCUGCUCCCAGGGGUGGAGUAAAAGCCUUUCAGAUCUCACCUGCUCCCAGCUGGGUUUUGGAAGAAGCCACACCUAUCGAGCUGUGGGUGAUUCAUCUUCUAGUACUCUGUCAGCAGCAGAUAAGUCAUCUGAUAACAUACAGGGCAGGCUUACAGUCAGUACCUCCUGCCCUAGCCAGCUGACUGUGAGUCUGGAAUGCAGCAACUGCGGGCGGCCACAAUCCUCCUCCAGGAUCAUAGGGGGCGUUGAAGCAGAGUUGGGUCAGUGGCCCUGGCAAGCCAGCCUGCACUUCCGAGGCUCCCACACCUGUGGAGGGUCUCUCAUCUCCCCAGAUUUUGUGAUAACAGCAGCCCACUGCUUCUCCGGUUCUGCGGGGCAGUCACCAAGUAACUGGCGUGUCUACAUGGGCAUGGUGUCUCAGCUGGAACUUCAGAUGUCCUACCGCGUGGAGAAGAUUGUCCUACAUAAGGAUUACGACGCCAAUUCCAACAACAACGACAUCGCCCUACUGAAACUCAGUCGACCUGUGGCCUCCUCUAACACCAUCCAGCCUGUGUGUCUACCAGCAUUUGGCCAGACGGUUCUUCCUGGAACAACAUGCUGGACUACUGGAUUUGGGACCACAACACAGGGUGGAGUGAGUGGUUCCAGAGGACUUAUGGAAGUGUCUGUGGACAUAAUCUCGUCAAGGGCAUGUAAUUCCAGGCAGGUCUAUGGAAACCGCAUCACCAAGAACAUGCUUUGUGCAGGAGACCUGAGACAGGGAGGAAGAGAUUCCUGCCAGGGGGACAGUGGUGGUCCACUCGUAUGUAAAGACAAUAACAGAUGGUAUCUGACUGGUAUAACCAGCUGGGGAGAGGGUUGCGGACAGAGGAACAGACCAGGUGUUUACUCUAACGUUGGCAGCCUUUUAAGCUGGAUCUACAGCAAUACACAGCUAGAGAGGCCUUGAUGACAGCAGUACUACCAGCAUGAGGAGACCAUUGUGGGAAUGUACCCAACCUUGCGUUUUUAUAAAUUCAUCUUUUAUCCAUAAUUUCUAAAUAUUUUAAUACACUCUGCACCUUUUGUAAUUAUUAUUAAUAAAAUAUUGUGUAAAUCUAUGAUUGAUUUGAAUUUCUUUUGCUACAUAAUUCAUGUGUAGAGUUCAUCACGUGCUGCGUUCUGGGUGGAGUGUUGGUGUAAUUUUGGAUGCAUGCAAGUGCACCACUGAACAUUUAAGGUUGAGUGUGAUGCUCUGGUUUUCAUGAGGAGAGAAGAGGAAGGAAGACCAUGUACAUGGAGGCAUCAGAGCUGUCGACCUGUUGACCUGUUUCACUUGAUCGACAGAUGUGGAUUUCACUGGAUGUUGUCAGUGACGGCACACAUCUGUGUCAAUGGCAGAUUAUGUACAUGUGAAGUCACUGAGCUGGU